GGUCUCUCUAUGUCAUCUUGGCUGGCAUGUAACCCAGAAGUCAGAGAUCUGUCUCUGUCUUCCAAGAGCUAAAAUUAAAGGAGUGAGCUACCACAUCUGGCUCAAGGUAGGUUCUUACUACAUUGUUUAGGUUGGCUUUGAAUUAACUCUGUAGUCCAAGCUGACACUAAGUUUAUAGUCCUCGGCUCAGCCUUCCACAUACCUGGGAUUGCAAGCCUUCGCCACCAAGCCUGGCUUUGUUUUACUUCAAAUAACAUUUUCAACACAUUAGUUUUUUUUUUUUGCAUAUGUUAAUUAUAUAUAAUAGAAAGCUUUGUUGUAACCUUUUCAUACACAUAAUGUGUAUAUGCAUAUAAUGUAGUUUGAUCAUAUUAACAAGCACUAUAAUAACUUCUUUUGUCUCCUCUUGAUCCUCAUCCUCUUUCCAAUCAGCCUUCCUUUUGCUUUUGCUUGUGGUGUGACCUAAUGAUCUUCAUCACAGUGGCUUACAGGAGUACGGGUGAGGGGCUGUUUAUAGGGACCAGAAAGAACACCUUGCCAGUAGCUACAACAGUGAUGGAAGUGUCUCUCCCUCCCCUAACUACUGCCUAUAGAUUCUCAGAGAGGGGCAGGACCUUGUGAACCUGUCCUGCUUCCAUGACUGAAUGUUGGUGAUGGAUCCAAUCGUGUGCAGGUUUUGAAGAGGUGUGCAGAGCUGCAGUAGACACACUAUGCCCAGGUGACACAUUUCACAGCACUCUACCCCUGCCUUCCACUAUGAUGGUCUUUAUGCCUCCUCUUGUGAAAUGUCCUCUGAGCCUUGGUCCCGCCACUUCUGAGCCUUGGACUGGCCAUACAGAUAUUCCAGUUAGAGCAAAGCAUUCAAUGUUCACGUACCCUCAACACUUUGACCAGUUAAUUGCUGUCCGCCACAAAAAUAAUACUUCUCUGACAUAAAGCUGACAGCAGCUGUAAUCUAAUGGCAUAAAUGUGAUUAUUUAGAAGGUACUUUGGUAGGCAUAUCAUAUCCACUUAGCAAAACAACAGUAAUAUCUUCUCCACUGGGCCUGUGGGUGGUCUUCCCAGGUGUAGUCUCUUUUGACGGGGUCUACAGUACCAGAUGUGGGGCAUCUCAAAUCCAGUCCAGCAGGCUGGUUAUCCUCAUGACAGGCUUGUCCCUGCUGCACCAGUGGCACCAAAUAAUUUAGUGGCAGAUAAUAGUUUAGCAGACAGGAUUCACAGCUGAGUAAACACUGCCCAUGACAACUCUCUGAGCACUUUCUGCAGCUAUGGUUCAAGUUCUGGAACCUGAGUAUCAAUGCACAGGCUUGGAAAUGUCUAAGAUGGACGUACUGAAGAUAUGCUUAGGUAGUCUUUAAAGGCACAGACCUAGCUCCAUUCUACUUGUUGAGUGUAGGAUAUUGCUCCCUCUACUGGAGGGAGGGUCAAGCAUGGAGAAAUUCUCCAAUGACAGAAUUUAGUUUAGUCUAUUGUUUGUAUAUAGUCUUUUACUAAUUGCUUUGUCCAAUGUAGAAUUCAACUAUCAACCAUUAAACUUAUUUACUUUCUUGCUUUGUUUUUCUAAGAAGGAAGUGUUUUGUUGUUUGUUGUUUUGUCUUCUGAUUCAUUUUUUUCUAAAGAUGUUUCCAACUUUGAAAGUAAGGGCUCACUUUUGUAGAUUUGCAAGUGAUGUGGCCUCCUCCAUUGCUAACAUAUAAACAUACAGACAUUCAAGAGAAAUUCUUUUAAAACUCCAUUUGUAAAUCAUUGUGGGCUGGAGAGAUGACUCAGUGGUUAAGAGCACAUAUUGUUCUUGCAGAGGACCCUGGUUCAAUUCCCAGCACCUAUAUCACACAGCUCACAACUGCCUAUCACUCCAGCUCCAGGGGAUCUAACAUCCUUCUCUCUGCUCUCAUAUGCAGAUAUGUAUACAUACAUAAUAAUUAAAAUCAUUUUUAAAACACAUUUUCUUGUUCUGGACUGAUAAGUUAGUGAAGUUUAAAAGCUACUAACCUUUUUUUUUUUUUUUUUUUUUUUGAGACAGGAUUUCUCUGUGUAGUCCUGGCUGUUCUGGAGCUCACUUUGUAGACCAGGCUGGCCUCGAACUCAGAAAUCUGCCUGCCUCUGCCUCCUGAGUGCUGGGAUUAAAGGCGUGCACCACCAUGCCCCGUGCUUUUUUAUUUUUUGAAAUGUAUGUGUAUAGGUGUUAUACUUGUAUAUAUAUAUCUGUACUGCUUGUAUGCCAGGGGCCUAAGGAGGCUAGAAUUGGGCAUCAGAUCCCUUGGAACUAGAGUUAGAGAUGGUUAUGAGUCCCUAUAUGGGUAGUGGGAAUCAAACCUGGGUCUUCUGGAAGAACAGCUCCUGUUUUUAACCACUAAGCCACCUCCAGCUCUAGUGCUCUUAGUUUGUUUGUUGUUUUGUUUGUUUUGUUAUUGUUGUUUUGGUUUAGCACAAGUUUCUCUGUGUAGCUCUGACUGUCCUGGAACUCACUCUGUAAACCAGGCUGGGAUUAAAGGGGACCUCUGCCUCCUAAAUGCUAGGAUUGGGAUUAAAGGUUUGCACCACGCCCAGCUUUCCUUUUCUCGCUCUUGCUCGCGUUCUCUCUCUCUCUCUCUCUCUCUCAUUUUUAAAAUCAGGUUUCAUUAGCUCUAUCUCUUGCAAUAAUUUUGUUUUGGAUUAAACUAGCACAUACUAUUAUAGCCAUUUAUGAGCGGUGUUAUAGAAUAUGAGCGGUGUCCAAUUUUCCUUUCUUGAUCAAAGCUAAUUCUGCCAUAAGCCUGGUGAUACAGGGCAGCGAGUUAAAGCUCUCGCUGUGCGUGGCUGCCCACCUGAGUCUGAAACAGACCCCUAAAGCAGUUCUCCACAUGUGCUCUAUAGUGAGCAGCUGUGUACACAUCCCAACAAAGGAAGUUCUGAGACAAAGCUUAUACUGUGGACAAGAUUACUCUUUGAUCUACUUCCUGAAAAGUCACUGUGGUGCUUCCCUCAAAUGGACAAGACUGCUGAGAAAGCUGACUGUUUAAAGAGUAUUUCUAUGCUUUGCCUUUUCUCUUCCCUCAAUGGUAGUCAUGUGGACAAAUGUCAACUAGCUUAUCACAAGGUUUCACUAUGUACCAAGGCUGGCCUGGAACUCUCUGUGUGGACAGGGUUGGUCUCACACUCACAGUGAGACCUGCCUCUGUCUCCUAAGUGCUAGGAUUAAAGGCUUGUAUGCCAUCAUGCUUAGUUGCUAUUUGAAAAGGAGAAAAAGCUAAGGAAAGAGGCCUGCUUAUAGAUUAGUGGAGCAAAGGGGUAGGAGAAGCCAUAGCGAGUGUUUCCAAGUGAUUCUUUACAACAUUGAAGCAGAAACAAAACAUUCACCUUCAUCUUUUGUUUUUGGAGAAAAUAAUUUGACAGACAAACACUCUAGGAUUUUUAAGCUCUUUUAUAACAUAUUUUGUUCUAUUAUAACAGUCUCUAGUUUUUGUCUUUGCAAAGUGAAAAUGACAUAUAAGUUAAAUUCACUGUACACAUUCUAUAGCAAAGUGAUGUAGGGUGGCUUAACUGUCAUUCGAAACAGGAAAUGCUGGUUUAGAUGUGCUUAUAUAUGAUGCUCUGUUAGCUUUUCUGAUAAUUUUUGUAUUGUUUUAUUUUGUUUUGUUUUUUUCAAGACAGGGUUUCUCUGUGUAGCUAGCUAUGGCUGUCCUGGAACUCACUCCAUAGACCAGGUUGGCCUCGAACUCAGAAAUCCGCCUGCCUCUGCCUCCCAAAUGCUGGGAUUAAAGGCAUGAGCCACCACUGCCUGGCUCUGAUAAUUUAACAUUGCUUAACUUCUCAAUGUUCUUCCCUCUUAAGCUACAGUGAUACAUACUAUUUAAACACAUGAAAAGUGAGAUUGGACAGCCUGUGCAAGGCACUUUUGCUGUGUUUUGUUUUGCGGUUUGUUGUUUGUUUGUUUGUUUUAAGACAGGGUUUCUCUGUGUAGCCCUGGCUCCACUGGAACUCACUCUGUAGACCAGGAUGACCUCUUAACUCAGGGAAUCCUCCUGUCUCUGCUCCUACCCCUCCCCUCCCCAGUGCUGGGAUUAUUAAAGGUAUGCACAGCCACAUCUGGCUACAAGGCAUAUUUUUAAGAUAAUAUUUUCUUAAUAAAUUUAAUAUAAGGUUGUUAUAAACAUUGAUUAUUUAAAAGACACAUAUGUAAAAAAUAUUGCUAUGUGUGAUACAGAAUAGAUAUGGGAUAUGACCAUGAUUUCUCAUACUCUAGAGAUUGAGGCCAGAAGAUUAGACUUCUCAGCAAGUUUGGAAAAUUUAGUGACACUCUGUCUCUAAAAGCAAGAACAAGGAGUGAAGGAGCAGAGGAAGAUAAGAAUGAAAUUGGAACUUGUGAGGUUGUUAGGAAAGAUAACCACUGUUGACAUUUUGUUAUAUAAGUAGCCAGUGAAGUCUGUUGUACAAACAGUGUUGCAAUUUUAAGAAACAAAGUUAGAAUCCAAGUGUCACUGUUGACACUUUGUUACGUAAGUAUCCAGUGAGACAGAUACCCUAUAAAGUCCUCACUGGCCUGGAACUCACUUUACAAGCCUGGAAGCCCUCUACCUCCCACUUGCUACAGUCUUCCUGGCUCUGUCUUCUAAAGCCUACAAUUAACCAAACAGCCACACCUCACAGCCUCCUGCUAAGAAAGUGUAAUAGCUAACAGGACAGUGCUUGGCAAAAAGUUUAAGUGCUGUAUCUAAAUACUUGACAUACAUUUAUCAACACAUUGGGCCAUCACAAUGAACACUUCAUUUGGAUUUGAUCCUUUGCUUUCAUUUACAUGAGAGGAAACUGAGGUUUGGAGAGGAUAAUGAACAUCAAGGUACAUAAUAAACAGUUACUGUUAGUUCAACCCCUCCUAGUUUGAUUCCAUUAUCACUUUGGGUAAGUAUGUUAAUGGUUACAUACUAUAUAACAGUAAUAUGCUAAUUUCCCCCUCUUCCCAUUCAAAACUCGACAUUACUAGUGCUGGGGAGAUGACUCAGUGAGUAAGAGAACUUGCUGGGCAAGCAUGAGGCCCUGAGAGCAGAUUCCCAGCACCCAAAAGCCAGGUGUGCUGUUGCACUAACUCCUGCACUGUGUGGGACAGAGACAGGAGGAUUGCUGGGACUUGCUAGUCAGUCAGUCCAGCCAAAAGAUGCUGAGCUCCAAGUUCAGUGAGAUACUGCCUUGAAGAAAUAAGGUGGGGAGUGAUAGAGGAAGUGGUCUAGUAUGCUUUGGCCUCUUCCAGGGUGUAAGCACACCCCAUCCCCCAUCCCUAAUCCCCCAUACUGUUGAGAACCUCCAGCUAUAGAAAACUAUGGAUUUCUUCAGGCAAUGCUGGUAAUAGAUUAUCCAUUACCAGAGGGAGAACAAUCCCAGGGCAAGACAAACAAAAAACUUAAAAUAUUGUAUGUAUGAUAACACCAAAUGUCCCAAAGGUAAACCCAAUAAUUAUCUUCAGAUGUUUGAAGGACUUCAGAGGCCAGAAUAAAGCCUAGCAAGCAGAAAUGAGAUCAUGGAAGAAGUUUCCAAUAAAGCUCUUUUAUUGAAAGUGGAGAAGUAGGAUAGUAGCCCAGAAUUCAUUCUCUCUCUCUCUCUCUCUCUCUCUCUCUUUCUUUCUUUCUUUCUUGUUUUUUUUUUUUUUUUUUUUUUUGAGACAGGGUUUCUCUGUGUAACCCUGGCUGUCCUGGAACUCUCUUUGUAGACCAGGCUGGCCUUAAACUCAGAAAUCCACCUGCCUCUGCCUCCCAAGUGCUGUGAUUAAAGGCGUGCACCACCACGCCUGGCCUACCCAGAAUUUUCCUAAGAGAAUUUCUGUAGGUGGGUAAUGGACUAACUUGUUUAUUUCAACUCCUAAAAUUCUAUCACUGUAGUUUUAGAAUAUAUUAUUUAAAUUGUCUAUGUAGCUUCUGUGUAGCAAUUAUAAUAUUCUAUUUUUUUAGUUAAAGUAGGGCAUUUUAAUCUAGAAGAUUUGACAGGAAUAUCAAGCAUUUAUCCUCUAGCUGUAGAUAAAUUGCUAGACGAUUUCUGUUUUGCACUUUGGCUUACUCAGACAAUCAAGAUUUUUAAACUAUCUAUUUUAUAAUAGUGAACUGUGACUGACGAGGCUUCUCUAUUUGAGUAACCUGAAAGUAUCAUAAAUGAAGAAGUGCUUUACUACGAUGUGGUAGCAGUGCUGUAGGGAGAGACAUCAAGUGCACAGCAGGAGCUUGCGCUACAGCUUUCAGUCAAGUGCACCCCAGGGAACUGUGUAGACCACAUUGUGUGCAUUUACUGUACAAGGAGUGCUUUAUAAUUCGUGGAAAAAGGACAGUCUGUGAACAGGUAUUGGUUCCCCACUUGAAUAUGCAUUUGUAUAUCCUCAUUUCUAUAGCUUCAUAUACCAACAGUAAGAUGAGUUAGAAAGGCCAUGACUUGCUUAUUGUUACAACUUUCUUUCAUAAAUAAAAGUCUGUAGUGCUUUUACAGGUAACCAAAAAUGAGAGCAACACCCUUCUAUGUGAGACAUUAUAUUCAAAACACUGUGUUACAGAGAACAGUUAUAAUUUAUUACCUAUAAUGUGCAAGUAUUUAUACCAUUUUUUUAAAUAUAAGGGACUUAGAUAACUACAGAUUUUGAUAUAUUGGGGUUCUGGAAACCAUCUUUUGUGGUUUCUACUUUAUCUUGUGCUUUCUACAGCCUCUUGAUGCUACUCAUUACUGCUAUGUUUCUUCAUUCAGGAACUGGGCUUUAGUGACCAGGAAGAUAAACUGGUCAUCAGUCUUGCUAUUUGCGAAGGAAAAUAAUAAAUAAUUUUUCUCUUUAUCCUUAACAAGUUGAGUUUUUAUUUUAUUUUAAAUAUUUAUCUAUUGCUGGGCUUGGUGGCACACGCCUUUAAUUCCAGCACUUGGGAGGCAGAGGCAGGUGAAUUUCUGAAUUCGAGGGCAGCCUGGUCUACAGAGUGAGUUCCAGGAUAGCCAGGGCUAUACAGAGAAACCCUUUCUCGAAACCCCCCCCCAAAAAAAAACCCCAAAACAAAACAACAACAACAAAAAACUCUCUCUCUCUCUCUCUCUCUCUCUCUUUCUCUCUCUCUCUCUAUCUGUCUAUCUAUCUAUCUCUAUCUCUCUAUCUAUCUAUUUAUGUGUGUGCAUGCAUGCGUGCAUUAUUUGCCCACCCUAGGAAGCCAAAGGCAUCAGAUUUUGUCCUGGAGUUUGAGUUAGGUAUGAGUGCUUGCAAGCUGCAUGCUGUGGGUCUUGGGAGUAAUACCCUCUUAAACACUAAGUCAUAUCUCUAGCUGACCAUGUGCUAACAGAAUGAACAGUUUGCUUAGUAUUCUUAAAGAGACAGCAGGCUGAGCUAUAAUAAGGAUACAGUCUACUUAAUUUUAGAAAAAAUCUCUUUAGAAGAAUUUAAUACUUUAAAAUAUAUAUGUAUGUUUACACAUGCACACACACACACAUUAAUUUGGAGUAUAAGAAAGAAAGCUAAGCCAGGUGGUGGUGGCAAAUCCCUUUUAGUCCUAGCAGCCUCAGAGGCAGGGGGACAUCUGCGAGUUUGAGGCCAGCCUGGUCUACAGAUUUAGUUUCAAGACAGCCAGGGCAAUUACACAGAGAAACUCUGUCUAGGAAAAGACAAGAAGAAAGAGAAAAAGAAAGGAAAGGAAAAGGAGGAAGGAAGGAAGGAAGGAAGGAAGGAAGGAAGGAAGGAAGGAAGGAAGGAAGGAAGGAAGGAAGGAGGGAAAUUAGUCUAAUUAAAUGAAGUAGUAAAAGAAGUUAAAAAAAUUAUCUUUCAUCAGAAUUUACUGUGUGGAAUUGGAACUUCCCAACAAAAUCAAGUUAACAUCAUUUUUAUGAAUAUGUAAAAUGUAUGUAUUAUUUUAAUUUAGGUAAGUAGCUCACAACUGCUUGUAACUUCAGCUCCAGAAGAUCAGACAUCUCAGGUCUUUGUGGUUACCUGCCGUCAUGUAUGUAUACCUAUACAGAAAGAAGCAUAGUUAAAAAUAACUCAUUUUAAAAUACUGAGCAGAUUUGUUUAUCUUUCCAAACUCAGUCUCUUUUUCUAUACAGUGUGACUAACAUUGGCACCAGUCAUAUAAAAUUAUGUUCUAUAUUGACAACUUGCUGCAAAAGAAAUCAAGGAAAAUACCCACUUACAAUAGUUUAAUAUCCACAAGAAAUGCAGCCAGGAAGGUAAACUAUAUCUGUGAGGGUAACUUCAGGACACACACACACACACACAUAGGAGGAGGGGGAGGGGGAGGAGGAGGAGGAAGAGGAUGAAAGAAAUUGAAGAACGCACCAGCUGAUCGGAAGAUCGCCUCUGUGUGUCUAGAACUGAUAGGGGGUGGUUUAUAUAGACAUCUCACCAGUGGCUAAAAGCUCACAGAUGUUUGCUUCAGCAGUUGAGGCUCUGCUUUAACUCCUACCAACUCAAGGAGCUUCUCUGAACUAGGCGUGGUGGCAUGGAGGAGCUCUGUGAGUUCCAGGAAAGUCAGGGCUACAUAGAGAGACCCUGUCUCAAAAAUUAAAAGAAAGCAGCAGCUUCUCUAUCCAAGGUUGAGAGCAUCAUAAAUCUGUGGAUAUAAACACAAAGUGUUUAUCCUUAGUUUAUCAUAGAGAGCAAGUAAAACUGCUUUUCUAUUUCAUCUCUCCUAUGAGGAUUAGGUAAGAAAGCAAGUCACAGCAACUUCUGAAGAGCAUAUGGAGAGAAGGGACCUUCAUUACUAUUGAUCAGAGUGUCAGCUGCUGUGGCACUGUGGAAAUCUCAUAAAAAGAACAAAACAAAACUAGUUCGAGCUGUCAUCUGACCCAGCUCUACUUCCCUGGGCAUACACUCACAAGACUCCCACCACAGAGAUGUUGUGACCAUGUGGUCUUAAGUUGCUCCUCCUGUAUUUCACCGUGAGGCUUGAUGCUCGUUGUGGGGUUUGCAUAGAUGUCCUAUUUAGCAAAUUGUUGGCUACUCCCUUCUAGUCUUAAUUGCUGCAUCAUGAGUAGUUACAUCAUGAGGGAUAGUGAAUUUGAGUAUUUGUUUUCCUUUAUCACAAGAUAGGAUAUAAAGCUUUCAUGAGGCUCUUGCUAAGCUGUACUCUGUGAAUUAAUUUUCAGAUAGUAAACUAGGCUUGCAGGUUGGAGAGAUGGCUUAGUGCUUAAGAGCACUGGCCACUCUUUCAGAGGAUCAGAGUACAGUUUCCAGGAUCCCACAUGGUGGCUCACAGCGAUCCUGAACUCCAGUCCUGUGGCUUCCAACACCCUUUUCUGGCCAGGUUUGUACAGACAUGUAUACAAACAAAACACCCAUAUUCAUAAAAUAAAUCAAUAAAAUUCAGAAGCAAAACCCAAACAAAAUAAACAAAGUUCUAAAAAGGAGGGGAUAUCUCUCCUUUCCAUUAAGAGAGAGACAGAGACAAAGACAGACAGACAGACAGACAGGUUAGGCUUGCAUUCCUAAACUCUAUCCUCCAUGCUCAGUCUUCCUCCCUGCUCUCCAUGCUCUAUGUUCUCUAUCCCCCAUGCUCUCUUCUCUCUCUCUUUCCUCUAUUAGCUGCUGGUUUUUGGUUGAGAGUAAUUUGUGUCUACAGUUGACUUUUGGUCUGGAGUUUAUUUGAUUUUGGUUUUGAUCUGUGACUUUAGUUCAUUAGUUGUAACUGUUUACUUUUCUUUUGUUUUAAUAGGCCAUCUGGAUGAGUGUAUUAGUAAAUGAUGCAAUUAAUUAGAAAAUAUUUUUUAACCUCUGGCCAGAAGUUAGUUGGAGACUUUCCCUCAUAUCUUACAGCAAAGGAGAAAGAUAUGUUUUGCUUUUAAUAAGUAACAUCAACAAAGUAGCUUAAAAUUUUAUAUUGCACACACACACACACACACAUUCACAUACAUCUUCCUCUUGCAUCUCCUAUUUCUGUUGUUGUUUUGAAACAGGGUCUCUCUAUGUAGCCUUGGCCAUCCUAGAACUUAGUAUGUAGACCAGGCUAGCCUAGAACUCACAGAGAUAUGCCUGUCUCUGCCUCCUAAGUGCUGGGAUUUAAUGCAAGCAUCAACACAUCUGGCUGUAGUAUGUUUCUUUUAAUGCUGUGUGAUACCAAAUUGUGCUUAAUAUAAUGGUUUAAAACAACACACUUUUUAUCUCAUUCUUUACUUGGGGCAUGUGCCUUGUCUUUUUUCCUCCCUUCCUCUUUUAUUUUGAGAUAUUUUUAAAAUUAUUUUGCUAGACCAUAUGUGUGAGCAUGUGCAUGCACAUGUGUUGGAUGGGUGCAUCAUAUGGCAUGGUGUGGAUAUACAAGACAAAGGACGACUGUGUGAGUUGGUUCUCUCCUUCCACCAUGUGAUUCUGGGGAUUGGACUCGGGUGUUCAGGUCUGGCAACAAGUUCCUUUUAACUCACUGGGUCCUUUUACCAGUUCUUUUUUUUUUUUUUAAAGAUUUAUUUAUUUAUUAUAUGUGUGUACACUGUAGCUGUCUUCAGACACUCCAGAAGAGGGCAUCAGAUUUUUGUUACGAUGGUUGUGAGCCACCAUGUGGUUGCUGGGAUCUGAACUCAGGACCUUUGGAAGAGCAGUCAGUGCUCUUAACUGCUGAGCCAUCUCACCAGCCCCCUUUUACCAGUUCUUGAGAUAUUGUUUUUAAAGAUAAUUUAGAUAAUUGUAGAUUCAUAUGCAAUUUUUAAGAAAAAGAUACAGAGAAUUCCAGUGUGCAUUUAUACUCAGUUUCUACAAUGGUAGUUUUUGUUUGUUUGUUUGUUUUGUUUGUUUAAGAUAUGGCCUUAUAUGGCCCAGGACGGCUUUGAACUCCUUCACGUCAUCUUGUCUCUACCUCCAGAAUGAUGAUCUUAUAGGUUUGCAUCAUCAUGCUUGGCUAAUGGUAGCAUCAUAAAAGUACAAUAUAAUAAAGCAGAGCUGGCUAAUAGACACAGCCCAUUAAUUUUAUAGACUGUCUCAGUUUAACAUGCUAUCUAUGAUUGAUUGGGUGACUUACAGUGCUGGGGACCAAACUAAGGCCUGAUGCAUUUUUAGGCAAGUUCUCUACCACUAAAGCUGUGUUUCCAGCCUACGUCAUGGAUUUCUAUAAAGCUUUAACAUUUGUAAAUGAAUGAAUAAAUUCAUUGACUUAUCUAUUUGUAGUCACUCAUUACCACCAACAUCCUUAAGAGCAUGCUUGUUAUAACCAUACCUCUUUCUCCUGUCCCUCAUCCUUAGCAACCACUAAUCUGUUAAUUAAUCUAUUAUAUAGUUUUGCUACUUCAAGGAAGUUAUACAGGCUGGGCAGUGGUGGCACACAUCUUUGAUCCUAGCAAUCAGGAGGCAGAAGCAGGCAGGUCUUUGUGAGUUAGGGGCCAGUCUGUUCUACAGAGUUAGUUCCAGGACAGCCAGGCUUACACAAAGAAACCCUGUCUCAAAAAGACAAGAAGAGGAAGAGGAGGAGGAGGAAAGAAUAAGAAUGUUGCACAAAUGAAGUUAUAUAGUAUGUAUUUUUAUAACCCAAAUCACAUAGUUUUUUUUUUUAAAGAUUUAUUUAUUUAUUAUAUAUAAGUACACUGUAGCUGUCUUCAGACACACCAGAAGAGGGCGUCAGAUCUCGUUACGGAUGGUUGUGAGCCAUCAUGUGGUUGCUGGGAUUUGAACUCCGGACCUUUGGAAGAGCAGUCGGGUGCUCUUACCCACUGAGCCAUCUCACCAGCCCCUAAAUCACAUAGUUUUGAUGGCUAACUUUUUUUUUUUUUUUGGCACCAACUCUACCUAAAAGUCCAAGAUGUCUAACCCCUAUCUGAAGAGAGGCAAUCCUUUUAAAACAUGAACUACUCUAGAAAUCACAGACGGAGCAAAAUUGAUUGAAUCCUGACCUUCCUCCUCUAUCUGCCAGUUGCUUGGAUUGUAGCCCAACAUGGCCAACAAGGCCAAAUUUCUUACACAAAUUGUGUAACUCAGAAUUAACAUUUAAGGGUUAAAAAGGUAUAUAGCCUUUGACAAAUUGAUCCACCUCAUCCACUCGUUCUUUUACCACAUAUCUUGUACCACAUAUCUUGUGGUAUGUGUUGCUUCAGGUGCGUAGAACACAGUUCUCCAAAGAGCUCUCUUCCCUGAUGUAAAACUUAAGCUUUUCCCCUUUGAUUCUGCAGUGAUCUUCUAGUCGAAAUUUCCAAACUACUAGAGAACAAAAUAGCCUCUGCUGAGUUGCCCUGCAGCCUUCCUAGUCUCCUGGUUUCUGUCACUAUUGCAAUGAUGAAGUGCCAUGCCCACAAGCAGCCUGGGGAGGAAAGGGUUAUUUGGUCAGUCAUCCAAAGAAGUCAGGACUGGAACUCACACAGGGCAGGAGCCUGGAGUCCGGAGCUGUGCAGAGCCCAUGGAGGUGCUGCUUACUGACUUGCAAGUCCUGCCUUCUUAUAGAACCCAGGACCCCCAGCCCAGGGACGGCACCACCCACAAUGGGCUGGGCCCUCACUCAUUAAGAAAAUGCCUUACAGCUGUGGCUCUCAAGCUUCCUAAUGCUGCAACCCUUUAAUACAAUUCCUGGUGGUGUGAUGUCCCCCAACCAUAAAAUUACUUCAUUGCUACUUCAUAACCAUAAUUUUGCUACUAUUAUGAAGCAUAAUGUAAAUAUCUGAUAUGUGACCCCCAAGGGGGUUGUAGGUUGUAACCCACAGGGUUACAACUGCUGCUCUUCAGGGUUGUGACCAGCCUGAUUUUAUGGAUGCAUUUUCUCAAUUAAGGGUCAGACAACUGUAGCUUGUGUCAAGUUGACAUACAACUGGCUAGUACACCUCUAAAUGCAAUGAACGCAUUCAGUAACCUUUUAGAAUAAGUUUUCAAAAAUUUUUGGACUAGGAUCAAUGUUAACUUCUGAACAUAUUCAGUAAAUAUUUCUGAACAUGUAUGGAAGGGCUUGAGAGAGAUGGCAGGAUUUCAUCAGGGGUGAUGGCUUGGUAGGUUAGAGCCCUCGAUGUGCAAGUAUGAGAGCUGGAUUCCAAUUCUCAGCACUCACAGUGUCUCUUUAUAGCUCAGUGUGACUAUUCUCACCUGUAACCCCAACAGAAACACAUUUGGCAGGGCUUACUGGCUGUCAACUUUGUUGAAAAAUGAUGAGCUAAAGUUUUAUUUUAAGGUAAUAAGGCAGAACAUGCUAGAGGACAUCAGACAUCUUCCUCUAACCUCUACAGAUACAUGCAUGCACACAUAAAAAGAUAACACCAAUGUCUGACAAAACACCAGUCUAUUUUGUUUAUAAAGAAUGUUAGUUACUAUUUUAAACUGAUAGUUUAUAAUGAGAUGAUAGCUCAAACUUAAACACCCUCGUACACAGGCAAACCAUGGAGAAUGAUGACUAUGAUCUAUCAAGGAAAGGACUUAGCACUCAGGAGGUGGAGGCAGACAACUCUCUGAGUUUGAGAUUAGCCUGGUCUACAGAGGCUACACAGAAAAACCCUUUCUUGAGAAACCACUCUCAGGCUGGCCUUGAACUCACAGAGAUCCACCUGCUUCUGCUCUGGAGGGCUGGGAUUGAGGUUGUAUACCACUACGUGCAGUUACUUAUUCUUUUUUAUGUGUUUGUGUACCAGCAUUAUGUAUGUAUAUUGUUUGUGGGAUGUGCCCAUGGAAACUAAAAGAGGGUGUUGAAUUUUCUUUUUUUUUUUAAAAAAAGAUUUAUUUAUUUAUUUUAUGUAUAUGAGUACACUAUUAGGCACACCAGAAGAGGGCAUCAGAUCCCAUUACAGAUGGUUGUGACCCACCAGGUGGUUGCUGGGAAUUGAACUCAGGACCUCUGGAAGAGUAGUCAGCGCUCUUAACCCUUAAGCCAUGUCUCCAGCCCAGGUUGUUGAGUUUUCUGUAAUUAGAGUGACAGACAAUUGUGAGCCAUCAUGAGGUUGCUGGGAACUGAACCCAGGGCCUCUACAAGAGCACCAAGCACUUUUUUUGCUUGUUUGUUUUUGGUUUUGUUUUUUAAGACAGGGUCACUCUGUGUAGCCCGUGCUAUCCUAUAACUUGAUCUGUAGACCAGACUGGCCUCAAACUCAGAGAUCCUUCUGCCUCUCAGCCUCCUGAGUGCUAGGAUUAAAGGCAUGUACCAUCACCACACAAGCACAACAGGCACUCAGCCUCAUAACUUAUUAUUAUUAUUGUAUAAGAAUAGCUUCUUAUGUUAAGGAUGGGUUAAUGGAUUCAGAAUUUUUUGAAUUUAUUCUUUUCAGCAAGUAAUGAACUUGAUAAGUUUUUGUGACUUAAUGUAAUACAUACUCUUCAUUGGACACAUUUAAAAAGUGAUAGAAACAGUAUAUGAGAUAUAUAUGGUAAGAUAUAUAGGGUGACAUGUAUAUAUAGUUUUAUAAUAUGCAUGGCUUGUCAAUGAAAAAUUACAGGAUUCUGGUAUUGCAGUUAGCUGUACGUACUGUUCUUUCUCAUCUCUCUUCUUCUUCCUUUGCUCCUUCUUUCCUCUUUUCCAUCCUUACAAGUCCUUUGCCUUAGUCUUCUGAGGCACGCAGACUUUUAUUUUUAAAGAUAGGCCAUGGAAAGAGUUACAGAGACAAAGUUCAGAGCAGAAACUGAAGGAAUGACCAACCAUCCAGAGACUGCCCCACCUGGGGAUCCAUCCCAUAAACAACCACCAAACCCAGACACUAUUGCAGAUACCAACAAGAACUGGCUGACAGGAACCUGAUAUAGCUGUCUCCUGAGAGACUCUGCCAGUGCCUGACAAAUACAGAAGUAGAUGCUCACAGCCAUCCAUUGAAUGGAGCACAGGAUCCCCAAUAAAGGAGCUAGAGAAAGGACCCAAGGAGCUGAAGGGGUUUGCAGCCCCAUAGGAUGAACAACAAUGUGAACUAACCAGUUCCCCCAGAGCUCCCUGGGACUAAACCACCAAUCAAAGAAAACACAUGGUGGGACUCAUGGCUCUAUCUGCAUAUGUAGCAGAGGAUGGCCUUGUCAGUCAUCAAUGGGAGGAGAGGCCCUUGGUCCUGUGAAGGUUCUAUGCCCCAGUAUAGGGGAAUGUCAGAGCCAGAGAGCAGGAGUGGGUGAGUUGCGGAGCAGGUGGUGGGGUGGGGGGAGGGGAUAGGGGAUUUUCAGAGGGCAAACUAGGAAAGGGGAUAACAUUUGAAAUAUAAAUAAAGAAAAUAUCUAAUAAAAAAUUUUAAAAAGAUAGGCCUUACUACAUAGAAGUUGACAGGGCUGGGACUUUUACAUAGACCAGGCUAGUUACAAACCUGUCUUUCCUGCCUAUACCUCCAUGUGCUGAGAUGAUAAGUAUGUACCAGCAUCCUUGGUUCCUAUCAUUCUGUAAUCCUUUAUUGAUUCUUUCAUUCCCUCUGCAUAAGGACUAGAUAUAUUUAUCAUAACACAUAUCACUUGAUUUAACAAUUUUUAUUAUUUUCUAUGUGUUUAAUUUCCUUGCCGUAGUAAACUACUUGCUAUUUUAGAAUAUAACUUAAAGUGUAAUUAUGCUGUCAUCUCACAAGUACACAGGAGUCAAGAAUGAAGCCAGCCUUAGCAGCCUCCUAUCAUCUUGUACCAGUAUCAUCUUAUCCUCCCAUCGGCUCAGACUUUAGAUUUUCUCAGGUGCUUAAACUGUCUUCUCAGUUGCCUUAAACUGUCUGCUCGGUUGACUUGCUCAGAUCAAUAGACAGUGCCCAGGAGCUCACUGCAUUUGGUGGAGAGCUUUUUAAAAUUUCUCUUAUUUCUUUUAUGUUUUGUCCCCCAUAGAUUACUCUUCCAGUUGAGUCUGUAUCCCUCCUUCACUUUCUCUCUUACAAUUGCUUUGUGAAAGACACAGAUUCCUUGAAUAGUUUUUCCAAAUCCCAGAAUGCGCUGAUUUGUCUGGAUUUUACUGGUACAUCUAUCAUGUUCUUUUCCUUUGAUUUUUCUUUCCUAAAGUUGGGCAAAAUACUGUUGUCUUUCAUAAACACGUUUAAGACUACUUGCUUGAGCUACCACAUUGAUAAUUAAAAUAUAGACACUACUUUAAAAAGUAUUACUAUAUCACUAUAAACUCAAUGUUCUAACCCUAACAAGAAAAAAAAGCAAUGUGAUUGUUAGCUACUAGGGAAACCUGGAUACUCCGAUCACAAGAUUAGCAUUUGAACUUAUAAAUAUGACAGUUCACAGAUAUGAAGAGAGGAAAGUGAAGUGAUCGCUCCAGACAGAAGCUCUGACAAUAAAUCAACACAAAACGGAGGGAAAUAUUAGACAUAAGUGUAAUUUUUUUUCCUUGUUUAAAAGCAUGUCUCAGCUGGGUGUGGGAGUGUGGCACACACCUGUAUUUCGAGCUCUGAAGAUGUCUAGGUAAGGCUAGCCUUGGCUAAAAAUGAAAAUGAGGACAUCAGCUUACUGUUAACAACUAAAAUCCCUUUACAUUUUGGCACCAAGUUAUUAUGGAAUAUUUGCUUUAUAUAUUUACCUUUUGUGGCUGGAGAAAUUAAUUAAUUGGUUCUUUCUUUCAUAAUUUCACACUGGAGAUUGAACCCAGGACAUGAAGUACACUAAGCAAGGACCGUGCCACAGACCUCCAGAAAAACUGCAGUGUAUUCAAGAAACUUUACCUUAUCUCAUGGAACAAAGAUUGCAGAUCCGAUGUUCCAUAUCCGCAAAUACUUUAAAUGACGACAUUUUCCCACAUGAUCCCACUGUAAUCAUGGGGGGCUACUACAGCAAAGGUUGUAGAGAGGAGGAGAACAAACUGUAACUGAGGGGAGUCUGAGAGGGUUUGAUCAACGCAGACUGAGAAGUAGACAAAAAUGAUAACAUUGUGUUAGUAUUUUUAUAUAAAUUGGAAAAUUACUUCCACCUUAUGGGGAUAUAAUAUAAAGUCUUAAAUUCCAGUAACAGAAGAACUGCUUGAUCACACACUAUCCUACUGAUAAGAUUAAUUGUUAAGCAGUUAUAAUGUUUCAGUAAGAUAGUGGGGAUUGCUAAGAAGCUUGUCAGAAAAGUUAGAUGGCUUGGAAAUUGUCCUUGAUCUGUGACGAGAGCCCUAAGGGGAAUAAGGGGAAGAAAGACAGCAGCAGGGGAUUCACUCUGUGUGUGUGUGUGUGUGUGUGUGUGUGUGUGUGUGUGUAGAGUUCAAAUAUUGCCUUGCUCAUGUUGAUUAGGUUUUGAGUCAUGUACCUAGGAUCAACCCAGACUACUGUUUAUUUAAGGUUCUAGUUCUAGUCUCCAGAUCUUAGUGCUCACCAUUUGAAACUCAGCAUGAAAAGAAUUACAUUCACAUACAUUUUCUCUACUAGGUUUCCCAUUUCUUUACCUUCUCUGAUACCAGAGCUUGGUCCAGAAACCAGCUUUUGACUCUUCUUGCAGCUCAACCACAUUGCAUCCUUACCUAAUUGAUCUCUGCAUCUUUAAAAGGGCAUUGGAAAGAGUUUUGUUUUGUUUUGUUUUUUAAAUCCAUUCUAGCUUCAUUAUUACCAAUCUGAUAUUUUGAGAAGACUGCUCAUUUGUAUUUGUUUUUUUAAGUUGAUCUCUAUAAAUUACUAUGAUUGAAUUAUUUCCCAUAUAGCAUAGCUAAAAAGCAUGGUCUCUUUAAAGAGGAUGUCUUGUCUUCUAAUCUAUGUCCCCCUAUCCAGUAGCAAUGAGAUCUUUACAUUUUUAAAUUUUAUUUUGUGUGUAUGAGUAUUCUGCGUGCAUGCAUGUGUGUGUACUGUGUACAUUCCUAGUGCCUAGAAGCCAGAAGAGGACAUUAGAGCUUUUAGAGGAACAGGCUGUUGUGAACUGCUAGGAACUAAGUCAGAGUCCUUUGGAAGAGGAGUCAGUGAGUGGAGCCAGCUUUUAAAUGCUGAGCCAUCUCUCUAGCUCCUCUCAGUGGGACCCUUAAGCAAGUCACUUCUUUCAUACAAGUGUCCCUAUCUAUAAAUUAAUAAUUAACAGCAGUACAGAACCUAAACUGAUCAGUCUUAAAUGUCAACUGGGUCAAUGCAUGUGAACUAUUAGGAACUGAGAGAAUAGUACUUGAUGCCAAAUAAGAAGUAUUUUAGCUUAUAUCAAUAUUUUUGUGGUCAUUUGCUCUUCUGUCCCUUCUGUCCUUCUUCUGUCCCCCUGUCCUUCUGUAACAACAGCCGUGUCUGUCCUCUCCAGUUUGCUACCUCCAUCUCUUUGUUAAUGUUAUUACCUGUUUUUUUCUUCAGGAUGAAAUGAGUUAGUAUCCACAAAUACUUAGAACACUGCCUGGCACUAACUAAUUACUAAGUGAGACUGGGGUUCCUCUGCCUUGACUCUGCUCUCAAUGCUGUCCAGAUUGGUUCUUCCAGGGCAGUUUGGAGAGUUUCAUUUCUCUUGUAACCUUUAGUUUUCCCAACAGGAACUAUGAUAAAACACUGCUUUCACACCAAUAUCAGAUGACUUUUAAGGAACAGCUGUAAAGGGGGCAUUAAUGCAAAGAUAAAGCCUGGCAGUGGUGGCACACAUCUUUGAUUCCAGCACUUGGGAAACAGAAGCAGGUAGAUCUCUGAGUUCUGGCUACAGAGCAAGUUUCAAAACAGCCAGAGCUAUACAAAGAAAACCUUUCUUGAAAAAAAAAAGUAAAACAACAACAGAAAAAUAAAUUUGGGUUAUGAAGUAGUGAAGUUUUAACUAUUUAAAGACAGAUAUUGCUUACUAAGAUAGUCUCUCUCUCUCACACACACACCUAUAUAAAACUUUUAUCAAUGAUCAAAUUCAAGAGUCAGGUGUGGUGGCAUAUGCCUCUAACCUCAGGCACGGUAAGGCAGAGGCAGGUGAAUUUCUGUGGGUUCCAGGACAGCAGAAGUUGACUCUGUCUCAGACAAGGGAACAAAACCAAAACAAAUUCAAGUCAAUUUAUUUAUUUUAACAAGACAUUAAAUUUAAAUUUCAUCUGUCAUAGGUUUAAAACAGAAUAUGAAGGGGAAAGGCCAAAGAGAUUGAGAUUUUUGCUGGAGAAUCAAUAGGUUCAUGGAGAUAAUAAAAAGAGUUUUAUUUCUCAAUUUAAAAAGUAACAGUUGUUUGGUUAUUGCUGUGAAAAGAGACUUAAUUGUGAACUAGUCACUUGUGAAGUGGUCAUUUGCAUGACCUGCUCUUUAACCCUUUGUUUAUUGGCAGCUACUUUUUGUAGUUUAAAUGUUUUAUUAUAAUUUUGUGAAGAAAAGUAUUUUUCUCUGCUAAAAACUGCAUUGGAUUAAAAAAAAAUAUUCAGCCACAUAAGGCCAUUUCUCCACUGUCUUAGUUCCCAGAUGUUUUAAAAAGAAAGAAAAGAAAAAAAAACCAUACUUUCAUGGGUAUUUUUAAUGCGUUACUGUAGGGAGCGGCAGAUUGAGAGUUAACGCCUUUCAGAGGGAAGAACAGUCCAUUGGGGGUUAAACUGCAGAGUCUAAUGGAAUAAUAACUGGUAGCACCAUCUGCUGGCCUACUUCCGCAGAAGGAGUCAGUAUUUUUAACGACAUCUCUAAUAUUCAUGCUGAUGCGUUUUGAUGCUUUGUGCAUUCAUUUCUUUCUGUGCUUUGUUGGAAUCUGCUUACAGCUAUUGAGGCAAGAGCUCGUAGGAGGGCUUGCAGCCUUUAUCCUAGCUAAAGAGGAUGAACAGCAGACGUAAACUUGCCAAGGCAGGAAUGUGUUGAUAAAUCAAAAUGUGUAUUUGUGGACGGCUGUGCAUCUCUCGGUUGCAGCUUGCUAAAUAGGCCAUUUAGGAGUCUUCUUUCAAUGCUUUUUCCUUGAGCACUGCCUGGGGUGGUGAAAAAGCAGAGGGCAAGCCUUUGUCUGACGCCAAAAAUGUCUUCAGUGAAGAGGCCAAGAGGAAGGGUAAGUGAAGCCUGAAUGAGUGGGAGGAGGAGGGGUUCUUUGGGCUAAAAGGCUAAUGGGAUUGAAUAACCCUCCUCGUUACUGGCUGCUGCAGCGGCGGCAGGAGUCGCACUGCAUCGCCAUCUUGAGCUGGGUGCUGUUUUCUCAGCCUGGGCUAUUUGUUGUCGUCUGUAGGCCUUAAGGUGGCAUUUUAGAGACCGUGUCCUUCUGUCCCCAGUGCUGUGACACUGCUCUGACAUCUUGAUGAGGCAGGUAUAGAAAAGACACCCAGUAGAACACACUGGAAUCGGCAUGAAAAUGUGCUUGGAAAUUCCUGGGUUUUUUCUCUGCUGUAGUCACAGUCAUGUUUACGGGUAAGAACCUAGCAAAACUGAUCUAAGCCUAUAUGGACGAAUGUGUGUUUGGAGAGGAAAUUCUUUUAAAAUGCUCUUGGUCUGUUUCCUGUGAGACUGCUAAAAUAUUAAUAAUUGUAAUAUAAAACUGAAAAGCUUGCUUCUUUCUAAAAUAGCUUGAGUAAAAUUAUAAUAAAGACAAAAAUCCACAUUUAACUCUUUCAUGAGAAAACUAAAACUUUCUUUGAUUUUAGAUAAGAGAAUGCCUGUUUACUAACUAGCUAGCUAUGCUGCUGCAUUAAAAUAAUUUUGUGUUCUCUUUCUUGUCUUAAAACAGGGUUUUUCUUUUUCUAAGGAGAAGUGAUUCUAAGUUACAAUAGCUAUUUUUUUAAUUUAUUAAUUUUGAGUUUUGGAAGAAAGAUGAAAGAAAAGACUUUCAUCCUAAGUGUAAAUAAUAAUCACAGGACAAAAUCUGAAAUAACCACAUUUCUAUGCAUUAGGAGUAUCAACCGAUCUGUCUCCCCUUAACCUGUAUUUGCAAGUAGCUGAGCUGUGCUCUGUCCUAACUUCCAGCCUCCAUCUUCCAAGAAGAGUGAUGGUUCUGGGACAUACACUAAGCUGCAGAAUACCCAGGUGAGGGUCAUGUCUGAGAAGAAGCCACGAAAAAGGGUGGAAUCAGAAAGCAAGCAAGAAAAGGCCAAUCGUAUAAUAUCAGAGGCCAUAGCAAGAGCAAAGGAGCGAGGGGAACGUAAUAUCCCGCGAGUAAUGAGCCCUGAGAACUUUCCUAGUGCUUCAGUCGAAGGGAAAGAAGAAAAGAGAGGUCGGAGGAUGAAAUCUAAGCCAAAAGACAGAGACAACAAAAAACCAAAAACGUAUUCUAAGUUGAAAGAGAAGACAAAAAUUGGCAAGCUCAUCAUUACAUUGGGUAAGAAACACAAGAGAAGGAACGAGUCUUCCGAUGAGCUGUCCGAUGCCGAGCAGAGGUCCCAGCACACGUUCAAAGAGCAGCACUCUCAAAAAAGAAGAUCAAAUCGACAAAUUAAGAGGAAAAAAUAUGCAGAAGAUGCAGAAGGAAAGCAAUCUGAAGAAGAAGUGAAAGGCAGUCUGAGAGUUAAGAGGAACUCGGCUCCUCCGCCUGGAGAGCAGCCUCUGCAGCUGUUUGUGGAAAAUCCAAGUGAAGAAGAUGCUGCAAUUGUAGACAAAAUACUAGCUUGUAGGACUGUAAAAAAGGAAGUAUCACCUGGAGUUAUGCUUGAUAUAGAAGAAUUUUUUGUAAAGUACAAAAAUUACUCUUAUCUCCACUGUGAGUGGGCCACGGAACAGCAGCUUUUGAAAGAUAAAAGGAUCCAGCAGAAAAUCAAGCGAUUCAAGCUGAGACAAGCACAGAGGGCACACUUUUUGGCAGAUAUGGAAGAAGAACCCUUUAACCCUGACUACGUUGAAGUAGACAGAAUAUUGGAAGUUUCUUUUUGUGAAGAUAAAGAUACUGGUGAGUCUGUUAUUUACUACUUGGUAAAGUGGUGCUCACUGCCAUAUGAAGAUAGCACCUGGGAAUUAAAAGAAGAUGUAGAUCUUGCAAAAAUUGAAGAGUUUGAACAACUGCAAGCUUCACGGCCUGACACAAGACACUUGGACCGUCCUCCCUCUAACAUUUGGAAGAAAAUAGAGCAAUCCAGGGAAUAUAAAAAUGGCAAUCAACUCAGGGAAUAUCAACUAGAAGGACUCAACUGGCUCUUGUUCAAUUGGUAUAAUAGACGAAACUGCAUUUUAGCAGAUGAAAUGGGUCUUGGCAAAACCAUUCAGUCGAUUACAUUCCUCUACGAAAUCCUGCUGACGGGUAUAAGAGGACCUUUCCUGAUUAUUGCACCGCUUUCUACCAUUGCAAACUGGGAAAGAGAAUUCCGAACAUGGACUGAUAUUAAUGUUGUCGUUUAUCACGGGAGCCUGAUUAGCAGACAGAUGAUACAGCAAUAUGAGAUGUACUUCAGGGACUCUCAGGGGCGCAUCAUCCGAGGAGCGUACCGGUUCCAAGCCAUCAUCACUACCUUUGAAAUGAUUCUUGGGGGCUGUGGAGAACUUAAUGCAAUUGACUGGCGAUGUGUGAUUAUUGAUGAAGCACACAGGUUAAAAAAUAAAAAUUGUAAACUCCUGGAGGGUUUGAAACUCAUGAAUCUGGAACACAAGGUGCUCUUGACUGGCACUCCUCUCCAAAACACAGUCGAGGAACUGUUCAGCCUUCUUCACUUUCUUGAACCCUUAAGGUUUCCAUCUGAAUCAACAUUCAUGCAAGAGUUUGGAGACCUGAAAACAGAGGAACAGGUACAGAAACUUCAGGCUAUCCUUAAACCAAUGAUGCUGAGACGAUUAAAAGAAGAUGUGGAGAAGAAAUUGGCACCCAAGGAAGAGACUAUUAUUGAAGUAGAGCUUACCAACAUUCAAAAGAAAUACUAUAGGGCUAUUUUAGAGAAGAACUUCUCAUUUUUAUCCAAAGGAGCUGGACAAACAAAUGUACCUAACUUGGUCAAUACCAUGAUGGAGCUCAGGAAAUGCUGCAAUCAUCCGUAUCUUAUCAAAGGUGCUGAGGAGAAAAUACUUGGAGAAUUUAGAGAUACAUACAAUCCAUCUGCCUCUGAUUUUCAUCUGCAAGCAAUGAUCCAAUCUGCUGGUAAACUGGUCCUCAUUGAUAAGUUACUUCCCAAAAUGAAAGCCGGCGGCCAUAAAGUGCUCAUCUUCUCUCAGAUGGUCCGCUGCCUCGACAUCCUGGAAGACUACCUUAUCCAUAAGAGAUAUUUAUAUGAGCGAAUUGAUGGUAGAGUCAGAGGAAAUCUUCGACAAGCAGCCAUAGAUCGAUUUAGUAAACCUGAUUCAGAUCGAUUCGUUUUCCUCCUGUGUACCCGAGCUGGUGGUCUGGGCAUCAACCUAACUGCAGCAGAUACAUGCAUUAUUUUUGAUUCUGAUUGGAAUCCUCAAAAUGACCUCCAGGCCCAAGCUCGUUGCCACAGAAUUGGUCAGAACAAAGCAGUUAAAGUCUACAGAUUAGUAACUCGAAACUCCUAUGAAAGAGAGAUGUUUGACCGAGCCAGCUUGAAACUGGGCCUAGAUAAAGCCGUGCUACAGAGCAUGAGUGGAAGAGACAGUAAUGUCAGCGGUAUUCAGCAGCUUUCCAAAAAAGAAAUAGAAGACCUGCUUCGAAGAGGGGCAUAUGGAGCCAUUAUGGAGGAGGAAGAUGAAGGCUCUAAGUUCUGUGAGGAAGAUAUCGACCAGAUUUUACUUCGUCGUACAAAAACUAUCACAAUUGAAUCAGAAGGACGUGGGUCAACAUUUGCUAAGGCAAGUUUUGUAGCAUCUGGGAACCGGACAGAUAUUUCCUUAGAUGAUCCCAACUUCUGGCAAAAAUGGGCUAAAAAAGCAGAACUAGAUAUAGACACCAUCAGUGGCAGAAACAGUUUAGUUAUUGACACCCCAAGAAUUCGGAAGCAAACCAGACCCUUUAGUGCCACAAAAGAUGAAUUGGCUGAAUUAUCUGAAGCUGAAAGUGAAGGAGAAGAAAAACCCAAACUCCGGAGACCCUGUGACCGGUCCGGUGGCUAUGGAAGGACUGAAUGCUUUAGAGUGGAGAAAAAUCUACUGGUUUAUGGGUGGGGCCGAUGGCGAGAGAUCCUGUCUCACGGGCGUUUUAAGCGGCAGCUGAAUGAGCACGAUGUGGAAGUCAUUUGCCGGGCCCUCCUAGCCUAUUGCCUCAUUCACUAUCGGGGCGAUGAGAAAAUUAAAGGCUUCAUAUGGGAUCUUAUCACCCCCACUGAAGACGGCCAGACUCGAGAGCUGCAGAAUCACUUAGGCCUCUCCGCUCCUGUGCCCAGGGGCCGAAAGGGGAAGAAAGUAAAGACUCAGACAAGCUCCUUUGAUAUCCAGAAAGCAGAGUGGCUGCGGAAAUAUAACCCAGAGCAGCUCCUGCAAGACGAGGGCUACAAGAAACAUGUAAAGCACCACUGCAACAAAGUCCUGCUUCGUGUAAGGAUGCUGUACUAUCUAAAGCAAGAAGUCAUUGGAAAUGAGAGUCAAAAAGUCUUUGAUGGAGUUGAUGCAAGUGACAUUGAUGUGUGGGUGCCAGAGCCAGACCAUUCCGAGGUUCCUGCUGCGUGGUGGGACUUUGAUGCUGAUAAGUCUCUUCUUAUUGGGGUUUUUAAGCACGGUUAUGAAAAGUACAACACGAUCAGAGCAGACCCAGCUUUGUGCUUCUUGGAAAGAGUGGGCAAGCCUGACGACAAGGCUGUCGCUGCUGAGCAGAGAGCCAAUGACUACAUGGAUGGGGAUGUGGAAGAUCCAGAAUACAAGCCUGCCCCAGCCAUCUUUAAAGAUGAUAUUGAGGAUGACGUUUCCUCACCUGGCGACCUGGUCAUAGCUGAUGGAGAGGGUCAAUUGAUGGAAGGGGAUAAAGUGUAUUGGCCUACCCCGUCAGCUCUGACCACACGGCUAAGACGUCUCAUCACUGCAUAUCAGCGAACUAAUAAAAACAGACACAUCCAGCAAAUGCAACCCACCUUCUCAUUGCCUGCCAAUGCCAUGCAGCCUCUUUACGAAGAAGCUACCCUGAAUCCUAAAAUGGCAGCCAAGAUCGAAAGACAGCAGAGAUGGACAAGGAGAGAAGAAGCUGACUUUUAUCGAGUUGUGUCUACAUUUGGAGUAGUUUUUGACCCAGACAGAGGGCAGUUUGAUUGGACAAAAUUCAGAGCUCUGGCUAGGCUACACAAGAAAACUGAUAACAGCUUGGAGAAGUAUUUGUGUGCAUUCAUGUCCAUGUGCCGGAGGGUUUGCCGUCUUCCUUCCAAAGAAGAAUUGGUCGAUCCAAAUAUUUUUAUUCAACCAAUCACAGAGGAACGUGCUUCUAGAACUUUAUAUCGCAUUGAACUUCUAAGAAAAGUACGGGAGCAGGCCCUUCGUCACCCACAGUUGUUUGAACGCUUGAAGCUUUGCCAUCCAAAUCCAGACUUACCUAUCUGGUGGGAGUGUGGCUCUCAUGAUAGGGAUUUGCUCAUUGGUGCUGCCAAACAUGGGGUCAGCCGGACCGACUACCACAUUCUCCGUGAUCCUGAACUCUCGUUUAUGGCAGCUCAGAGGAACUACAAUCAGAGUAAGGCGGCUCACUCAAGGACUUCUGCCCCACUUUUACAGCAAUACCAAGUAGCACUUUCUGCUUCUCCUCUUACCUCUUUGCCUAGACUGCUAGGUGCUAAAGGUACUCUUCUAGAGGAUAUGAAAGUUAAGAGUGAAAGCCUCACAGAAGAGCCCCAGUCCUCUGAAGAAGAAUCUAUGUCUUCUAUGGAAACAAGGACACGAGUUAAAUCUGAGCCUGUAAGUCCAAAGAACGGUGUUUUAUCACAGGCUACUGGAGACCAGAAGUCUGGUGGGAAAAGUGAAACAGACAGACGCAUGGUUGCAGCCAGAACAGAGCCCCUAACUCCAAACCCAGCUUCUAAGAAACCGAGAGUCCACAAAAGAGGAUCCCAGUCCAGCUCUGAUUCUGACUCUGACUCUGCGCGCUCAUCGUGUUCUUCCAGAUCCUCUUCCUCCUCCUCCUCCUCCUCCUCCUGCUCACACUCUCGGUCAGGCUCUAGCUCUUCGUCAUCCUCAUCUUGUUCUUCGGCAUCUUCCUCCUCCUCCUCAUCUUCCUCCUCCUCCUCCUCAUCUUCUUCAUCAUCAUCAGAAGAAAGUGACAGUGAAGAAGAUGUCCAGAAGCGAGAAGGCACGCCUCACAGGAAAGCCUAUGAUGAGGAAAGUGUCGCAUCACUGAGCACGACCCAAGAUGAAACUCAGGACAGUUUCCAGGCAAACAAUGGAACGCCAGAGUCUGCUUACCUGCUACAAGGUGGAUAUAUGCUGGCAGCCUCAUAUUGGCCAAAGGACCGGGUAAUGAUCAACCGCCUGGACAGUAUUUGUCAGACAGUUCUGAAAGGGAAGUGGCCGUCAGCUAGAAGACAUUAUGAUGCUAACACGGUGGCGUCCUUCUAUACCACCAAACUGCUGGAUAGCCCCGGAGCAGCUACAGAACGCGGCGAGCCCAGCGUCCCCACACCCCCAGCCGUUGCUGUCAGAGAAGAGCACGAGCAGUCAGCACAGAUGUCAAAGGUGAAGAAGCAUGUACGAGAAAAGGAGUUUACAGUGAAAAUCAAAGACGAAGGUGGCUUGAAGUUGACAUUUCAGAAGCAGGGGCUUGCCCAGAAAAGACCAUUUGAUGGUGAAGAUGGCGCCCUGGGUCAGCAGCAGUACCUCACUCGCCUUCGGGAGCUUCAGAGCACAUCAGAGACUAGCCUUGUUAACCUCCCCAAAGCUGUGCCAGCGUCAGGUACUUCCAUUCAGCCAACCCUCGGUGCCAACGGAGCGAUACUCGACAGCCAGCCUAUAGUGAAGAAAAGGCGGGGAAGGAGGAGGAAUGUAGAAGGUGCUGACAUCCUCUUUUUGAACAGAAAUAAGCCACCUAAUCAUAUUCCCACCGGGAUGAACCCAGCACUGUCCUAUCCUCAGCCUCAAAGAAUUCCUGACACAGAGAGUCCUGUUCCAGUUAUUAAUCUCAAAGACGGGACAAGGCUCGCAGGAGAUGAUGCGCCGAAGAGAAAGGACCUGGACAGAUGGCUUAAGGAGCACCCUGGUUAUGUGGAGGACCUCGGAGCCUUUAUCCCAAGGGUGCAGCUGCACGAGGGAAGACCCAAACAGAAAAGGCAUCGAUGCCGAAACCCAAACAAACUAGAUAUCAACAGUCUGACUGGGGAGGAGCGCGUGCAGCUGAUUAACAGAAGGAAUGCGAGAAAGGUUGGAGGCGCAUUUGCUCCUCCUUUGAAAGACUUAUGUAGAUUCCUGAAAGAAAAUUCAGAAUAUGGAGUGGCUCCUGAAUGGGGAGAUGUUGUUAAACAGUCUGGGUUUCUUCCAGAAAGUAUGUUUGAACGUAUUCUCACUGGUCCCGUUGUGAGAGAGGAAGUAAGCAGGCGGGGGAGAAGGCCUAAAAGUGGAAUUGCCAAGGCUACCACAGCAGCAGCGGUUCCUGCUGGCAGUGUGCCAGGCAACCCUUUGCUGGCCAAUGGAUUGCUUCCAGGCGUGGAUCUCACAGCUCUUCAGGCCUUACAACAAAAUCUGCAGAACCUGCAGUCGCUGCAAGUGACUGCAGGGCUGAUGGGCAUGCCUGCCGGCCUCUCUUCUGGAGGAGAAACUAAAAACAUGGCUGCUAUGUUCCCCAUGCUGUUCUCAGGAAUGGCCGGGUUACCAAAUCUGCUAGGCAUGGGAGGACUCCUGUCAAAGACUGCAGAGUCUGGGGCGGAAGAAAAGCGAGGAAAUGACUCGAAGGAGCUAGAAGGAAAAAAAGAAAGGACAGAGAGCCAAAGUCCGGAGAAUGGAGGAGAACGCUGUGUGCCAGGUUCUCCUUCGACUUCCUCCACGGCUGCAUUGAGUUCAGCUGCAGCUGCCAAGCCCAUAGCUCUUAACCCACUGUUGCUGUCUAACAUACUUUACCCAGGGAUGCUGCUCACUCCAGGCCUUAAUCUUCAUCUUCCAACCUUGUCUCAGUCCAAUGCUUUUGAUGUACAGAAAAACAAAAGUGAUGACUUAGAUUCAUCUAAGUCAGUGGAAAUAAAGGAAGAGAAUUCCAGAGUUAGAGAUCAGGAAGAGAAAGGGGGAACUGAGCCUAGUCCUCUCAACGAGAACAGCACAGACGAGGGUUCAGAGAGGGCGUCCUCCGGGUCUGAUAGCUCAUCUUCAUCCUCCGAGGACUCAGACUCGAGCAAUGAAGACUGACUGGGGCUCUGCAACCUCCUCCUGAACUGGUUUUGCCUUCUCUUUAAUUACUAACUGUAAAUAUCCCAGUGUUGAGUGCAUCAAUAACUUACUGACAGAACAUUUCAGUUGUUUGUUUAGAAGUGCAAACUGCUUUCAGAGAUGUUUUGCAUGUCCUCUUUCUUAAGAUCCAUACGUUUCUGAACUCGAUGUACUAUCAGAUACAUACACGUAUAAAGUUACAACAAAAGGCAUUAUAAUUUUGUUGGGGGUUAAUUUUAUGAAAAUGAUGCUCAAUAAGAGUUGUAUAUUUAAUAUAUUUGCAGUGAACACAGAAUACUUUAUGCAUAUUACUGAUUUAAUUUGAAUAUAGUUUUACAGCCUCCUUGACACCUAUAAUUUACAGAUCAAAACUCAGCAAUAAUUUGGGCAGCUAAUGAAUGUCAUGAAAGCUGUAGCCUCUCCGUCACCACCCAUCGCUUUAAUUACAUGACAACGCUCUAGUGUCACGAUGCACUGCUCACGUCUCCAAUUCAGGUACAAGUAUGUUUUAAAGAAGAAGUAAGUUUCCCAAUCAGCCAAUUUAUCUGGCUACCUGUUACCUCAGCUGAGUUAGUUUAGGAAGUUUACAUUCGUUUCUAAUUCUGUGCUUGUUUUCAGGGGUUUUUAAACACAUCCUCUCUAUCAUGUCAAUUUGGCCAGGACCGUGACUUGCAUUUUGCUGAAAUUAACUCAGAAAUCAGUAAAAAUGAAGUCAUAAAAUAAUCAUGUGUCAUAUGGCUUUGGUACCCUGUACACAUACAUUAAAACUUUUCGAAGUUUGGCCUCCUAUUAAAAUAAUUAUGUCUCAGAUGAAUAAUGUCUUGUUUCCAGGGUUCAGAAAGGCAAACUCAUGAAACGCCACUGAGAACUUUGAACACAGCACCCUUCACGUACAGGAAAGUGUGUGUUUGCUUUAUUUGUAUAGGUUUCUAUUUGUGUCUUAUGUCCUGGAAAUAUUCCAAAAUAACAGGUAAUAGUAGUCAAGUAAAAUGCAGAUAGUCUGAAUUAAUUGAGUUUCUAGAAGUAAGAAGUCAGCAUGUUACCCAGAGUCAGUGUUGGGCUAUCAGUUUAUAAUAAAUGCUGAAAUAUGCCCACUUUGAAAAUGCACUUUGACUAAUCUCAAAAUGAUGUACAAAUUAUACCUAUGAAGUCCAAGGCUUCUGUUCUGUUUCUUACAAUCCUUUGUCAUGUACAAUUUGUCUGGUAUUUGAUUUGUGAUAUCAUUUCUCCUGCUGAAGCUGCUAUCAUUCUGACAAGGUAGAGGUCCAAGGUUUACCUUCAUAUACAUUGGAAACAAUUAGAACAGACUUAGACAUUCUAAGGAGAGGUAAAUCUUAGCAUUUUCCUCGUGUCUCAAUCAUGCUAAAGUUUGCAAGGUGGUAAAUUUGGGAGGAGUACCCCAGUUCUUUCCUAUGGGAAAACUGACUUCCAGUAUGUUUCAACAGAGCUGUUGUUGUCCUGGACUAAGCGAUUGUACUGGGUUUCCCAAGACCUUUACCAGUAAAUUAUGUUUCUGUAUGUAAAAACGUAACCCAUUAUUAGACAAUGUUAUAUGUAUUUACCAAAUUAUGUAAGUUCCAUUGGGAUUGUAUUAUUAAUUUUUGUAUUUUCUCAAAAUAGUACUUUGAAUUGAUAGUUCUUUAUGCAAUGUCUUAGCAAUAGUCACUGUAAUGCCCAUCCAGGAGCAGUGGGUAGUAAUCCUUCAUCAUGAAAAUGAUAUACUACAUAUUUACUGUGUUCCCUUUGCAGUAUUGCACUUUUGUUUAACUAGAACAUACCUGUGAGAUAGCCAAAGUUUUUCAGACCGUUACCUUGGUUUGCAGUGGAGUGUUUCAAUACCACCCGCAGCCCACUCUUCCUCUAGGCCUGCCCAUAGGACCUUUAUUCCUCUUUCCCAAUUAAAAGAAAAUGAGGUUAAAAAGAAAACCUUAGAUCUUGUCAUUAAAAUCUAAUUUAUAGCAAAAUCUAUGAGAUAAAGUAUUUUCCUAAUUAUGGUCUAAUAAAUUUGGAUAACAUCCUAGUGAUUCUUUCUAUAUAUAAGUUAGUUACCGUUUUCAAAGCAUAAGGCUAAUAUUAACUUUAAACAUUCUCUUGGGUUUCAAGACAUGCCUUUGUAGAUUGAUUGGGGGAAGGUGGUCCAGGAAUCAGCUAAGAAAACCAUGCAGAUCUGGAAAUACAAAGUUAAGGGUUAUAGGAAGCAAGUCAAUGCAGUCCCACUUACUCAAGCUGCAGCUGAAAGGCUAUCCCAGUACGUGUUGGUAGUUCCUGAGAGAGUUAUAGCUGGUGUUGCCUUGUGGUCUACCCCUUGUUUCAGGCCUCAUGACUCAGUCUUAGUCCAAGUUUUCUUUUGGACAUUUGCAAUAUUUACCAGUUGUGUUUUGUGUAGUCUAAAUUUGCUUUCUGUAGUUGAGCAAACGUCUUAAAAAGUCAUUUGUAAUUUAUUAAAUUACUUUCUAUGAUGUUCUAUAGAGCAAAUGGAAGUUUAAUUAUUUUUUAUUAAACAUAUUCUUUGACUACCCAUGA